AGUGAAAUGAACAGCCUUGUUUUCGACUUCCUGGUACAUGAAGGCGAAGAAGAAGCAGCACGAUGCUUUAUUAAGGAAGCAAACCUUUGCUCAACGCAUAUUCCGGACAGAAUGCAGAAACGUGUUGAAAUCUGCAAGCAUGUUCAAACAGGAAAUAUUGAAGCAGCAAUUAACGGGCUGAACGACUUGUCCCCUGAGAUUUUAGACACAAACGAAGAUUUAAUGUUCUCUUUGCUGAGACUCCAACUCAUGGAAAAAAUACGGCCUCACAUUACUUCCGAAAACGAGGAGGAACUGACGAAAAUGUUUCAAGAAACACUGGACUUUGCUUCUGAAAAUCUGGUACCCUUGACAAGGACGGGUCACAUGAACAAGCUCGAAGACAUAAUGGCUCUGGUAUGCUUUCCCUUUACACAGCUUCCUGAAAAGUUCAGGGCACUAGUAAAUGAAAACCAAAGAGACAUCGUUGCAAAGCAGGUAAAUACAAGCAUUUUGCUGGCGGAAGGAUACACGGUAAACUCAAAGCUGGACGAUCUUUUGAACUAUUACAGAUGGUCAUUGAGACAGACUCCCAAUUGGGAUGUCAAACCAUCGUCAUCAAGCACAUCUGAGGAAGUUUCAAGUUCAUCGUGCUAAAGUGUUUAAUUCCCGUUUGUGGCCCUUCAAUAACACAGAGUGCUGCCCUGUAUUGCCUCAACGAUCAAGCUAGACCUUCACAAACAAGUUCCAGCUUCUCUAUCAUUCUUCUUCUAAAACGUCCGUAAUGACAGCCUUCACGUAAUAAUGAUAAUUAAUAGUUUAUCCUUUGAAAAUAUUAUGCAAAGUAACA